AUGGUUCAGUGUAAAAAGUGCAAGUUAUUUGUUUCUUUAACAAAAGAUGAUGUUAUUAAGUGUAAAGGUUCAUGUGACUCUGUGUAUCACAAAAAAUGCUUAUCGAACGUAAAGGAGUUCCAAAGAACUCAGCUGUGUGAAUCAUGUCACAAAAGUGAAAUCAGCCCUAAAACGCAAGUACCUAAAAUUAAUGUAGAUAUCGAGAAAGCUAGUGCCGAAACGCUUCUAGCAGAGGUCAAUAAAAAACUGGAAAUAAUUUAUCAAACACAAAAGAAAAUUGAUGACCUAACAGAGGCCGUGGAUUUCUACGCUGAACAGUACCAAAUGAUGCUUAACUUUAAGGAAGCCGCGGAGAAGAAAAUGACUGCUUUGGAAAAUAGAAAUAAGUAUUUAAAAAAGUGCAAUGACUCCUUAGAAGAGAGGAUAAUGUUUUUAGAACAAAGGGAAGUGGAGAAAAAUAUUGAAAUAGCGUGCCUGGAUGAGUCAGAGAAGGAAGAUACAAAGAAAAUUGUUGAAAUUGUUGCACAAAAAUUAAAUUUAAACAUUGGUAAUAUAGAGAACGCAAAUAGGGUAGGUCGAGAAAAGAAAGGAGAGGGUAGGCCGAGACCUAUAGUCGUUACCCUACGAACCAAGCAAGCUAGAGAUGAAUGGCUAAAGCAAAGAAAAGUGUUAGUAUAUAAUAAGGAAAUUCUCGGCAACAGCAAUGGCAAGCGGGUGUAUAUAAAUGAAAAUCUUCCUAAAAAUACGCGACAAUUGUUAUGGAACGCGAAGAAAAUGUUAAAAGACGUUUAUAAACACAUAUGGCCACAAAACCUUAAGGUUUUGGCUAAAAAAGACGAUAACUCGAAAAUACGCUGGAUCCGUUCGGAUGCAGAUAUCAAUAAUAUGUGUUUCAACACUGAUAACAGCAGCGUAUAG